AGAACACAGCAGAGGUCAGCACUGGGGAAGACAGGUUGUCCUCCCAGGGGAUGGGGGUCCAUCCACCUUGCCGAAAAGAUUUGUCUGGGGAACUGAAAAUAGAAGGGAAAAAGGAGGAGGGACAAAAGAGGCAGAAAUGAGAGGGGAGGGGACAGAGGACACCUGAAUAAAGACCACACCCAUGACCCACGUGAUGCUGAGAAGUACUCCUGCCCUAGGAAGAGACUCAGGGCAGAGGGAGGAAGGACAGCAGACCAGACAGUCACAGCAGCCCUGACAAAAGCAUUCCUGGAACUCAAGCUCUUCUCCACAGAGGAGGACAGAGCAGACAGCAGAGACCAUGGAGUCUCCCUCGGCCCCUCCCCACAGAUGGUGCAUCCCCUGGCAGAGGCUCCUGCUCACAGCCUCACUUCUAACCUUCUGGAACCCGCCCACCACUGCCCAGCUCACUACUGAAUCCAUGCCGUUCAGUGUUGCAGAGGGGAAGGAGGUUCUUCUACUCAUCCACAAUCUGCCCCAGAGUAGUAUUGGCUACAACUGGUACAAAGGGGAAAUGGUGGACGCCAACCAUCGAAUUAUAGGAUAUGUAAUAUCAAAUCAACUAACUACCCCAGGGCCUGCAUACAGCAGUCGAGAGACAAUAUACCCCAAUGCAUCCCUGCUGAUCCAGAACGUCAUCCAGAAUGACACAGGAUUCUACACCCUACAAGUCAUAAAGUCAGAUCUUGUGAAUGAAGAAGCAACUGGCCAGGUCCGGGUAUACCCGGAGCUGCCCAAGCCCUCCAUCUCCAGCAACAACUCCAACCCCGUGGAGGACAAGGAUGCUGUGGCCUUAACCUGUGAACCUGGGACUCAGGACACAACCUACCUGUGGUGGGUAAAAAAUCAGAGCCUCCCGGUCAGUCCCAGGCUGGAGCUGUCCAAUGACAACAGGACCCUCACUCUAUUCAAUGUCACAAGAAAUGACAGAGCAAUCUACGAAUGUGAAACCCAGAACCCAGUGAGUGUCAGGCGCAGUGACCCAGUCAUCCUGAAUGUCCUCUAUGGCCCGGAUGCCCCCACCAUUUCCCCUCUAAACACAUCUUACAGAUCAGGGGAAAAUCUGAACCUCUCCUGCCACGCAGCCUCUAACCCACCUGCACAGUACUCUUGGUUUGUCAAUGGGACGUUCCAGCAAUCCACACAAGAGCUCUUUAUCCCCAACAUCACUGUGAAUAAUAGCGGAUCCUAUACGUGCCAAGCCCAUAACUCAGACACUGGCCUCAAUAGGACCACAGUCACGACGAUCACAGUCUAUGCAGAGCCACCCAAACCCUUCAUCACCAGCAACAACUCCAACCCCGUGGAGGAUGAGGAUGCUGUAGCCUUAACCUGUGAACCUGAGAUUCAGAACACAACGUACCUGUGGUGGGUAAACAAUCAGAGCCUCCCGGUCAGUCCCAGGCUGCAGCUGUCCAAUGACAACAGGACCCUCACUCUACUCAGUGUCACAAGGAAUGAUGUAGGACCCUAUAAGUGUGGAAUCCAGAACGAAUUAAGUGUUGACCACAGUGACCCGGUCAUCCUGAAUGUCCUCUAUGGCCCAGACGACCCCACCAUUUCCCCCUCAUACACCUAUUACCGUCCAGGGGUAAACCUCAGCCUCUCCUGCCAUGCAGCCUCUAACCCACCUGCACAGUAUUCUUGGCUGAUUGAUGGGAACAUCCAGCAACACACACAAGAGCUCUUUAUCUCCAACAUCACUGAGAAGAAUAGCGGACUCUAUACCUGCCAGGCCAAUAACUCAGCCAGUGGCCACAGCAGGACUACAGUCAAGACAAUCAGAGUCUCUGCGGAGCUGCCCAAGCCCUCCAUCUCCAGCAACAACUCCAACCCCAUAGAGGACAAGGAUGCUGUAGUCUUAACCUGUGAACCUGAGGCUCAGGACACAACCUACCUGUGGUGGGUAAACAAUCAGAGCCUCCCGGUCAGUCCCAGGCUGCAGCUGUCCAAUGGCAACAGGACCCUCACUCUAUUCAAUGUCACAAGAAAUGACACAGGAGCCUAUGAAUGUGGAAUCCAGAACUCAGUGAGUGCAAACCACAGUGACCCAGUCACCCUGGAUGUCUUCUAUGGCCCGGACACCCCCAUCAUUUCCCCCUCAGACUCGUCUUACCAUUCGGGAGAAAACCUCAGCCUCUCCUGCCACUCAGCCUCUAACCCAUCCCCGCAGUAUUCUUGGCGUAUCAAUGGGACACGGCAGCAACACACACAAGUUCUCUUUAUCGCCAAAAUCACGUCAAAUAAUAACGGGGCCUAUGCCUGUUUUGUCUCUAACUUGGCUACUGGCCGCAAUAAUUCCAUAGUCAAGAGCAUCACAGUCUCUGAAGAUUCACCACCUGGAAGUUCUGCUGGUGUCUCAGCUGGGGCCACUGUCGGCAUCAUGAUUGGAGUGCUGCUUGGGGUUGCUCUGACAUAGCAGCCCUGGUGUAGUUUCCGCAUUUCAGGAAGACUGCUGUUUUGAUUCUUCCUUAAAGCAUUUGCAACAGCUACAGUCUAAAAUUGCUUCUUUACCAAGGAUAUUUAUAGAAAAGACUGACCAGAGAUUGAGACCAUCCUAGCCAACAUCGUGAAACCCCAUUUCUACUAAAAAUACAAAAAUGAGCUGGGCUUGGUGGCACACACCUGUAGUCCCAGUUACUCAGGAGGCUGAGGCAGGAGAAUCGCUUGAACCCGGGAGGCGGAGAUGGCAGUGAGCCCAGAUCGCACCACUGCACUCCAGCCUGGCAACAAAGCAAGACUCCAUCUCAAAAAAAAAAGACAAGACAAGACUCCGACCUGUACUCUUGAAUACAAGUUUCUGAUACCACUGCACUGUCUGAGAAUUUCCAAAAGUUUAAUGAACAAACUGACAGCUUCAUGAAACUGUCCACCAAGGUCAAGCAGAGAAAAUAAUUAAUUUCAUGGGACUAAAUGAACUAAUGAGGAUAAUAUUUUCAUAAUUUUUUAUUUGAAAUUUUGCUGAUUCUUUAAAUGUCUUGUUUCCCAGAUUUCAGGAAACUUUUUUUGUUUUAAGCUAUCCACAGCUUACAGCAAUUUGAUAAAAUAUAUUUUUGUGAACAAAAAUUGAGAUAUUUACAUUUUCUCCCUAUG